GAAAAUAAAUAAUAGACUGCGCAGUUUAACGUUUCUAAAUCUAAAUGUGACUCCCUUGUCAAGAUCGUGACCGGUCUUUUUAAAAUUGCCGCUCAGAGUAAGAAAUUUCUAUUUCUAUAAAGAAUCGGGUUCUCAUUUCGCACCGGAAAAACUAAUGUGGACAUAAGCCAUUGAAUUACCGUUUUGGUUAACUCAUUUCACGUAUUUAUAUUAUUGGAUUAAAUUUGCGUUAAUAUCGAUCGGUAAAAUAAGAUCAAUUUUUUUCUUAACAUACGCCUUCCUCCAUAGGAAAGCUGUUUUGCACUUUCCACGGAAAUCAUAAAUCAUAAUCAGUCAUUGAUACUGAUAUAUAUAAUUCCUUACAAACUUCCAGAAUUUCUACACCUUUUUAAUAUUUUAAUUAUACAGGGUGUCUCCGGUAGAGUGGUUGGUCACAGGUCAAUACCUACUUCAUAAGCAUUGUUUAUCGUAGCUUCGGAAUGCACAUAUGGUUGAAUGCACCCCGUUGCUACAACAAUUAUUGUUAGGUUAUGUAUGUUUUAAAGUGUAAAAUCUAAAUUUAUCAAUAAUUACGUUAUUCGAUGGAUACGACUGACUUUGAUGACAUAUUUUUAUCGGAUAUCGACAGUCAGUAUCGUUCAUUAAACAUCAACGACUUCCAAAUGUUGGCAAUCGAGAUUAUAAACAACGAAGACAUUAAAGACGGUACUGCACUAUGCUUCCAAGUCUUCUAUAGGUGUAUGUCACGUUCGAUUCGCGAAAAGACAUUUGAAGGCCAGUACACGGAAUUACCUACAAUAUUAAGCUGUAUAUUGCACCUCAGAAAAGUGCUCAAAUUCAACUCUUCUUUGUUUUUUUCUUACCUCACAGAAGAAUUUCUAACGUUACCCAUAGAAAUACUGUGGUGGUUACAUAAACAUAACAUUACAAACUUCGUUCACUAUUGUUGUUUUUCAAAGUACAUGACAUUAUCUGCAUCAUUAUUGAGAUAUAUUGAAGCUAAGAAGCAACACUCGAUAUUUGUAUAUGAUAGAAUUGUUCCUGAUCUCAUUGCAGAACUUCUUCGUCACGCAUACACACCGCCGAGCUUAUUUCAUUUACAUUACCGUGUGGAGUGGGAAUCAUUUUGCAGCAAGGUUUUGUACGAUAUGGUUGAUAGCAUUUUGAGUGCUGUGUUUCUUGAUAGCUCUUGUUCUUAUCUCAAUGUUUUCAAUCAUGUGCAAAAUUUAGAUAGACAGCUUCCUAGGGUCGUCGUCAAAGAUUUUUUUAGAACUGCCCUAAAAAAGCUAAUGGUUUACAAUGUGGAUGAAUUCGAUAUCUACGCUGCAUACACAUAUCAAGAGCUGUGGAAAUCGAGCAGACUGAGUAGAAAUCUUUUCACAUUCCUAUCAGAGGUAUUCAGAAAGUUUUGCACAUUACACGAUAUUAUGGAUAUAAUGGAAGACUGUGAUGAAAAAGUAAAUUGGAGGUAUACCUUGGCAGCAGUAGCAGUUUCUACUAAUGAGUCAGGCUCUGGAGGAGAACACGCUAAAGAUGUUACAUCCACACUGUUACAACAAUAUUUUAAACGUCCAAAACCUCUGAAUUUGGUAAAGUGCUUACUGUUUGCUAGACAGAUUUAUAUGGAGGAAAAAGCCAAAAUAGAUUAUUCGGCAUGGUAUUCUACAACCUUUGGCAGUCGAAGUAACUUUAAGCGGAAAUGUUCCGAAACAAAAUUUAAAUUGUUAAUGAGCACGUUGAUCGAGCUGGUCCAGUACGAAUCCAAAGAUUAUUUAAAGGUUCAGCACAGCCUAUCGCUCGACGCACCUUUAAUGUGUAAUUAUCUAAUACACAAUUACAAGUCAUUGUGCAGAGCUCGGCUACAAGAAUUGGACAAGUCGCCAUCAGUUAAUUACAGGCUAGACUUUUCGGUCCGCGGCGCUGUGGAUAGAAAAGGGUGGCUAUUCUGCGGUGGUUAUUGGGUGUAGGAGCGGUAUUUGAAAUGAAGGAACAUUGCUUUUCAAGCUAUCUGCUAUAAGCAUUUGAAGAAAAAAGUGGAGUCGAUAUGUAGUAGGUAUGGACUAUCCAAACAAAACAAUAGAUAUUGUCUUAAUUAGUCACAGUUUUUACAUAGUUGUCGUUAUUAUUCGGAUUAUUCCCAGGGAAGGAACUAAUAAUAAGAGAUGCAGUGUAUAUACGUUGUGAAAUAGUUUGAAUUUCGUCCACACUGGGAGGACUACACUCUGGCCCAACUGAGGUGACUAACUAAAAUGUACUGUAAAGCCAAAAAUAAAGAUUCUCAGCUGC